GUACUACUCUUUUGUAUCAACCUGGACUGUUAAUAGGUGGAACACUGGAACAUGAAUGUAGUUUAGAUCGAGGCCUUGGCUACUAUUUAGAAGCUCUGGUAUGCCUAGCCCCAUUCACCAAAAAUCCUCUGAAAAUAAUUCUACGAGGUGUGACUAACUGCAAAGAAGACCCAUCUGUGGAUAUAAUAAGAACAGUGACCUUACCUCUGAUGUCCAAAUUUGGAAUAGGUGAAGGUCUAGAACUGAAGGUCACACGGCGAGGAGCAAAACCAAAUGGAGGUGGAGAAGUCAUUUUCAAAUGUCCAGUUCGUAGGAAGCUAUUACCCUUACAAUUUAUUAAGCCUGGUAAAAUUAAAAGAAUUCGUGGAGUUGCCUAUGCUAUGAGGGUUUCACCAGCAAUGUCUAAUCGCAUUGUUGAUGCAACUCGAGGUGUUCUCAAUCAGUUUGUACCUGACAUUUAUAUAUAUACAGAUCAUAUGAAAGGGGCUCAGUCAGGAAAGUGA